UCCAUAAACCAAGAUUAGAGUAUAAGCCAGGCUUAUUUCGGUUAGUCAGGCUUAUUUUUGGUAGAUUCGGUUUCAUAAAUCAAACUUAAAAAAGUUCAAACUCAGUUCCCCCGGCAACUUAUGCUGGCAAAUUAACCUGGUCCGGGGCAGGCUAACUGUCAGGCUAAGUCUGAGUUCAGACUUAACGAGCAUACCAUUUAUACUCACCUGCUGGUAUUUCGAUGUCAUUUUAUUUUACUUAACCACUAUUAGUAUUUUUUUUAAAAUAUAAAUAAAUAAAUAAGGAAAUGUACUUUACUAAUAAAUGUAAGAAAUUAUAAGGUAUAAAUACACUAAGAAAUGUUCAAAACUUGUGUGUUUAAUUGGUGAGUUUGGUUAAUGAGUUUGGUAAUUAAUUAAAAGUAUAUAAAUAGGGAGCUGAACUCGUCUCCAAACUUAAUCAUGGCAUGUCCUUUCAUAGAUGAGGUGGUGGAUGAGGGAGCUAUAGUCUUGCGGAGGGCAUUUCAAAGAGAGAGAACUUUCAGAGACAGGUCAGACCCAUUGGCUUUUAAUGACAGCUACCUGUAUGAGCGAUAUAGGUUCUCAAGAGAUGGGAUUGCAUAUAUUUGUAGAUUACUAAGCCCAUACAUUGCAAAUAAUACACGCCGCAACAGAGCGUUCACAGUCCCACAGACGGUGUGCAUUGCACUUCGCUUUUUUGCCAGUGGAACAUUUUUGUACACAGUUGGAGAUGCAGAGAAUAUCAGCAAAGCAUCAGUUUGCCGCUCUGUACGAACUGUGUACCUUUCUUUAAAAAGACUACUCAAUGUGUUCAUCACAUUCCCUGGCCACAAAGCUAUUCGUACCAUUAAACAUGCCUUUUAUGGAAUAGCUGGUUUCCCAAAUGUUAUCGGUGCAUUGGACUGCACCCAUGUGCGUAUUAAGUGUCCGUCUGGUCCACAUGAAGCGGACUUUGUGAAUAGGAAAUCAGUACACAGCAUCAAUGUACAGAUGAUUAGUGAUGCAGAUUGCAUCAUCACAAAUGUAGAGGCCAAAUGGCCAGGCUCUGUGCAUGAGACUAGAAUCUUUAGAGCCUCAUCUCUCUACCAGCAACUAGCAAGAGGUAUGCUAGUAAUCACUUAAAUCGCAAAAAGUCUUAUAAAAAAGAAAAAAAAAAAUUAUAUAUCUAUAUAUUCAUUCUGUCUAUGCAGGAGAAUUCGCAGGAGUUUUGCUGGGAGACCAGGGAUAC